AUGGAGCCCGCGGCGCUGCGGGCCGACCCCCCCCCCCCCGCCACCGGCCCAGACAGGCCGGCGGGACCCGCCCAGCCCGGAGCGGGGUGUGCGGCUCCGCCGUCCCGCCCUGCCGCGGCCGGGGAGGGAGGGGGACAGCGCUGGGGUGAAGGGGGAGGCCUCCACCUGCGAAGCGGGGCCGCCUCUUCCCCCCAGGGCGAGCUGCUGGCGGGCCUCACCCUGCCGCCGCGGGGAGGGGGCCCGCUGCCCAGCUCCGGCCCGCGUCCCGCCCCGGGCCUGCCGCCACCGCCCUCCGGCGGGCCGGGAUGGAGGGCAAGCCAGGGGGCUGCAGCCCGGGCGACGCGGCGGGCAGACCCACCCCUCUCCUCCCUGUCCUCUCCCAGCCUGCAGCCGGCGGGGAGGCAGCCCCGAACGGAGGCAGCCAGCGGGGCCGCUUCCCCGCCUCCCUCUCCGCCCGCUGCCCUGCGGCCCACCCGCCGCCUCGCCCCCCUCAGGCCUUUACCGGCUCCUCCGCGAGUCGGCGGCCCGGGCGCUGUGACAGGCGGGCGGACACCUCAGGCUCCACCACGGAGCCGCCUCCUUCCUCGCCCCCUCCCCGGGCCCUCCCCACAGGCGGUGGCCCCGGCCCCGGCCCCAGGCCGCCCCGCCCUCCUCUCGCGAGAGGCCGCGGCCCCGCCUCACCGCCUGCGGGGCGCGGGGGAUCCGUGCGGCCCGGUACGGCCCGGUGGCUGCGCUCACCACCCCCCGGGCUCGGCCGUCUGA